AUGCGCUGGUUGCGAGACCAAGUCGCCUCUAUCUUUUCUCCUUCCGACCCCAACUUCAUAUAUCACUCUUCCUCGGUCGCAAAAAGCGCUAUCAGAUUUGAUUUGGGAGCGAAACGGCCAGUCUUUCCGGUCUCCGGGAAAGAUGCUGUCAUCCCACCGCCAGGUGAAGUCCUCUCCAGAGAUCCUGUCGUCUUGGGUGAAUAUUGGUGGCCUCGGGACAUCGAAGAAGAGCUAUACUCCCCUCUUAAGAGUUUCGUCUUUGACCCCCCCGCUCAGGAGCAUCUCCAACCUCUGGUUGCCUCCAGCUCCGGUUCGAACGCUGUUGUUAAUACGGCGACUACAGCCAAUCAACCUACGCUCCCUAAUGAACCGGCUCUAUUGGCAAGAAUCCUUCCUAGAGGUGCGAUUGGCCCAGGAGAUAACUUCAGAUCCCUAUUGUCUCGUUCUGUCUCCUCAAGGAAAUCUCGCCGCCAAAGUCCUAGGCAUAGGCACUGUUGGGGUAAAGCUCCGGCUUCUCCUCCAAAUCUUUCUCAAAAAGAAGGAAGGCCUCCUCAGGUUCCUCUCGGAAACCAGAGUCGAGGCACUCAGGAGCCGCUUACGCGGCUUCCUAUCCUGGACAGGAUUGAUCAUGGCCAACCCGUCAAUUCCGCUACUCCUGGUCACAGAAAUAAAGGAAAGCGUGUGCCAAGCGAUCCUUAUCUCCUCCUAUCCACAACAAGAAGCAUAGUCGUUACAGUAGUUCUUUGGAAUCCUCUGUGCGAAGCAGGAAGCGUCACAGAAGUGACUCUUCUUCCUCAAGCUCUAGCGAUUCCUCUGACGUCUUGUAUCUCGACAACCGUAAUCGUGACCACAAGAGCCCAACUUCUCCUGUUCCCAAGGAAUCUGCUCUCGCUCUUCUCAUGGUUCCUAUUGAUAGACUCAAGAACAGAAAAGCCAGUUCCAUGUCCCUCAUCAUACAAAGCAUGGGUAGAGAAUACUCACAAAAUUCCAAGAAGGCACUUUCACUCUAUAACACCGGUCCCAACAAACCAGCCAGCUUACCCUCCUCAAUGUCGAAAGAUUUACUUGAGUAUAACCUCUGAAUCCAUCAACGAUUACUUUGAUUACAUUAAAUACCUCUGCAAAUGGCAAGAGGAGUGCGAUUGGCGCAACAUCAUGGCAUUCGACGGCGUGUUGCGUCGGAAAUUCUCUGAAUACACUUUGAUCACCUUUGGUGACUACAAAGCUCCAGAACUUAGAAGAUUCAAAGCUCGAAGCCUUAACAAACCCUUGACUCUUGUCGGAUAUCCUUCUCAACCUUCUUUGUCGAAGCAACCAAAACAGGCUUCGGUUUCUUCUCAGCCUCGUGAUUCUAAAUCACAAUCCAAAGCGAAACCAUAA